UGGGGAGCUCGCGGACGUCAUGUGGAGCUCGGUGGUGACAGCGGCCCUGCUGCUGGCGCUGGCGGCCGUGGCCAGGGCGCGAGGAACUGAUGAGGUGGCGGCGCUGACGACGGCUCAGUGCAGAGCGACAUGUCUGGACGAGCUCACGCUGGAGACGCCGGUGCCUUUCAAGUGGUGCUCGCUGACCAGCGCCUGCCUGACGUGCUGGGACAGGUGUGGCUCGCUGCGCCGCGCCCCUGACGCCCGCCGCUCGGCCUGCCGUCGGCUGCCGUAUUGUGACGCUGGCUGCCGGCUGGCCUGUCAGUUCCUCGCCGCACCACCGGCGGCGCCACCUCCGCGGUCGCGGCGUCCUCCGCAGCUGGAGCUGAGCGUCGACGGCGGCGAAGUCCGUUGGAGGAUGGAGGGGGCCCCGCCGGACAACAGCGUGGUGUACCUGCUGCUGGCGAGGGCCGAUGACAUCUGGGAGGAGGUUGUGCAGACGCCGGAGCGGAGUGUAGCCGUGAACCAGCUGCCGGCGGGUACGCCGCUGCGCCUACUGGCUGUGGCGCGCUGGGGGCAGCUAGCGGCCGCCGACGCCGUCUUCCAGCCCUCCGAAACCCCGCGACCCUCCGAGGCCGCGGUGUCCUCCGAUGCCCGGCGGCCCGCCGAGGUCCCGGAAUACUCCGAGGCUCUGGAGUCCCCCGAGGUUCCUCGACGGCCACAGGACGGCGGGCAGCGGCUCGACGCUGAGAGCUUCCAUGCCCAGGUUCCGGCCGUCUGGCCGCUGGAGACCAUCUCGUUGGGACGUGUCGACAACAUGGUGCUGGCCGAGAUCAGCUGGGAGCCCCUGACGCGGGCCCGCACCGAGUACCUCGUGACCUGGGAGGUCAGCGGCGGCGGCAUCAAAGGCCACCUCUACACCGAUAUGACGGCGGUCACACUAAGCUUGUGGCCAGAGUCGGUCUACAAAAUUCAGGUCGAGAUGAUGUCGCCCGGCCUGCCACGCUCCGAACCGCUGGUCAUCAGCACGUACAGCGAGGCGGCCGGCCGGCAACCGUCGCCGCCGGCGCCCGUGUCGGCCCAGCACGUCCAGCAGAAGCCCGUGCCGUCGCCGUUGCUGGAGGCGUCUGUGGCGGUGCGUCACGUUCCAGAGCCGGCGUAG